UGGGGUAGACCGCGUCAAAGCUCAGACAGCGGCAACUCUUCAGGAUAACAACACAACGCUGAGGACAUUUAAAGUACUCCAGUCGGGACUCUUCGCUGUUGUUGUUUCAUUCUGGGAAGAUCGUUGGGUUUUUUUAACUUUGUUUUUUUUUUUACUGGAACUACCACCGAGUCGAGAAGCAGCUUUAAUGUCGGUUUUCGGGCAACGGCGUGCGACUUUACGGUCGUGACACGCAUUGAACGGGCGCGGUGCGUUCACUGCUGGACGCUCCACACCACUAUUUUAGACAGCGCCCGAAUCCCCUAAGUCUUCAAUAUUGCUUAUUUAUUUGAAACCGCCUUGGAAUCACUACCACCGGCUUUUCCCCCUCUCUAAUAUGUUGCUGUCAAAGUUUGGUUCAUUUUCGCACAUUUGCAACCCUUCAAGUAUGGACCACCUGCCAGUGAAAAUCCAGCUUCAGUCUGUCAAAGCGGAGAAGGAGCCCUUCGAGAAGGUGUACCAAGUGGGCUCGGUGCUUGGCAGCGGUGGCUUCGGGACGGUGUACGCCGGCAGCCGGCUCUCUGAUGGCGCACCGGUUGCGGUAAAGCACGUUGCCAAGGAGAGGGUGACCGAAUGGGGUUCACUUAACGGAACCAUGGUGCCGCUGGAGAUCCUGCUGCUCAAGAAGGUCAGCUCGUCUUUUCGCGGAGUUAUCAAAUUGCUGGACUAUUACGAGCGAGCGGACGGCUGGCUCAUAGUCAUGGAGAGGCCGGAGCUCGUCAAGGACCUGUUCGACUUCAUCACGGAGAAGGGCGCCCUGGACGAGGACACCGCGAGAGGGUUCUUCCGCCAGGUUUUGGAGGCGGUGCGGCACUGCUACAGCUGCGGCGUGGUGCACAGGGACAUCAAGGAUGAGAACCUGCUUGUGGAUCUCCGCACCGGGGAGCUCAAGCUUAUUGACUUUGGCUCCGGGGCGAUUCUCAAGGACACGGUGUACACCGAUUUUGACGGCACCAGAGUGUACAGCCCGCCCGAGUGGAUCCGCUUCCACAGGUACCACGGCCGCUCCGCCACGGUGUGGUCGCUCGGAGUGCUGCUCUACGACAUGGUGUGUGGAGACAUCCCCUUCGAGCAGGACGAGGAGAUCCUCAGAGGGAGGCUGUACUUCAGGAGGAGGGUUUCAAUGGAGUGCCAGCAGCUGAUCAAAUGGUGCCUGGCCCUCCGCCCCUCCGAUCGCCCCACAUUAGAGCAAAUCUGCGACCACCCCUGGAUGAGGAAGCCCACCGCCGAGGCCCCCCAAUCCGCAGAGGAGCCGGAUGCUGGCGACAUCCGCCUCAGGACCAUCGACACUGACUCCUCAUCGAGUACAACCUCAAGCAAGGAGAGCCUCUGAGGGCGGCUCUUGCUGGACUGAAAAGACUCUGGCGUUCUGGAGCCCAGCUGGCCAAUCCAUGGCCGGGAAUACAAUUUAAUUUUCCUCUUUUGUAGGGAAUUUCUAAUUUAUUACAGUUUGUUGUUGCUUAUCUUAACCCCACCCAAACUCCUUUUCUUUCAUUCAGUUCUAGAAAAAAUACUUGUUUCCUAAAGGGGAACAUUUAUGCUGUUUGGGCGGUCUUACCAGCACUAUUUAUUCACCCCCUCCCUUAUCUUGUUUUUGUUAGUAGGCUGGUAUAUGCAGCUGGCAAGGCCUUCCUAUUCAGAUAUGGCUGCUCUCAUAGAGCUUUGGAGAAAACCUUUUUUUUAUUUCAUUUUUUGAUUUUGGAGUGCCUUUUUUUGGAAAGCUGCUUUUCUGGGGGGGGCUUUCAUCUCAUUUCGGAGUAGCCCGCGGUUUGUGCGCCAAGCUUGACAGGCUGUGAUAGCAUUAGAGAGGGGGAGGUUCCCAAGAAUGGAAUACUUGAAACACACACAUAUAUAACUCUUAUCACUCUUCGAAGCUGCUCACUCACUCUAUAGCCUGAACAGGUGUUUUUUGCAAACUGGAUCCAGUCUUUUUCUGAAUGUCUAUCAAAUGUCAACACACAUACACCUCCACCCCGCUCUGCCUUUUCUCUCCCGUUUGCCUCCCGCCAUCUCACUGCUUGACACUUCAUGGCCCCCCCGCCCCUGGUGUUCUUGAGGGGGCUUGUUUGGGGUGUGAAAUGCACAAUCAAUGCAAUAUUCAUGAUGUUUUGUUUUUUUUUUCCCCCUUUUUUUGGGCAAAUAUUGUACAGCGUGUCCCCCCUUCCUUCUCUUUUAGUGUGUGUAUAUUUUUCCUCCUCAUUUUCAUUUAAUUUAUUUGUAACAUGUAGACAUUCCACAAUCUGUGGUUAUUUAUUUAUUUAUUGUCUGUGCUUAAACCCGCCCCUUUUCUUAAAAGAUUUUUGCAUAUCCUAUUCUUGGCCUUUAGUUUGCAUUCCUUUAACUUAUUUUUACAUAUCGACAAUGUUUUUUUUUUUUUUUUUUUUGAGAUGUGGAGGAUGCACUGACAGUUGUCGAUGUAAAGCAGAAUAAAACAAGUUUACUUAAAUUUGAAAGAGCAUUUGAAUGUUAUUUAACUACUGGUAGCGUUGAAUGCCAUCCAUCUGGUUUCUGUACUUUCAAGUUGCACAACAAAACAAUGGCAGUUUUCACACAGCCUCACUUGAUUGACACCUCGGGGCUCUGGCGAAUGAUUAUUGCUAUUUUUUUAUACUAAAUUUUCAAUUAAACUCCCAUUUUUACGUA